AUGCUCUCGCGUCUUGCUCUUCGCCGCGCGCCGCGCCUCGCCCUCGUCCGCACAAAGUAUACUGGUCCGGGAAAUGAUAUCCAGGCUUCGGCUGUUACCAUCGAGGAGACCAAGAACCCCAAGGCGAUGACGCCGGCCAAGGACCUCAAGUUUGGGCACACAUUUACCGACCACAUGCUCACUAUCCCCUACAACGAGAAGACUGGAUGGGGCACGCCCGAGAUCAAGCCUUACCAGCCGCUGUGCCUGGACCCCUCGGCGACCGUCUUCCACUACGCGUUCACGCUGUUCGAGGGCACCAAGGCGUACAUUGCGCCUGAUGGGAGCAUCCGACUGUUCCGCCCCGACAAGAACAUGGAGCGCAUGAACAACUCGGCUAGGCGUAUUGCUCUCCCCGAGUUUGAUGGGGACCAGCUCAUCGAGCUCAUCAAGAAGCUCGUCAAGCUCGACAAGAAGUGGAUCCCCACUGACAAGGGAUACUCGCUUUACCUCCGCCCCACCCUCAUCGGCACGGAGGCUGCCCUCGGCGUUGGCCCGUCCAAGGAUGCGCUCCUCUUCGUCAUCGCCUCCCCCGUCGGCCCUUACUACCCCAAGGGCUUCAAGCCCGUCCAGCUCUACGCGACGACCGAGUUCGUUCGCGCCGCUCCCGGUGGCACGGGCGGGUACAAGCUUGGUGCUAACUACGCACCGGGCGUCGUUCCCCAGAAGGCGGCCGCGCAGCACGGCUACUCGCAGAACCUCUGGCUGCUGGGCGAGGAGCACGCCCUCACCGAGGUCGGCACCAUGAACCUUUUCGUGGCAUUCACCAAGCCCGACGGCACCGUCGAGGUCGUCACUCCUCCUCUUGAGGACAUUGUGCUUCCCGGCGUGACCCGCGACUCUGCCAUGCAGCUUAUGCGUGACCACGCUUCGGGCAAGAUCAAUGUCCCUGGCUGGCCUGAGAAGCUUGAGGUCUCGGAACGCAAGCUCGUCAUGAACGACCUCGUCGAGGCCGAGAAGAACGGCACCCUUGUUGAGGUGUUCGGUACGGGCACUGCGGCGGUUGUGAGCGCGGUCGACAAGAUCGGGUACGCAGGGCGCGAUAUUGCCAUUCCAUGUGGUCCGGAGGGGCAGGGGAUGGGCGAUAUUGCAAAGGGACUGUUGGACCGGAUGGAGGCUAUCCAGACAGGCGUUAUUGAGAGCCCUUGGAGCGUGCGGGCCGAUUAG